AUGAUGAAAAUCACAACAGCCCUCGUUGUAUUGGCAGUCGUAGCCCUCGUCAGGGCCGACGCGUCCAAAGAUGUUAAGAAGAACACCAACAAGAGAUCCGCCUUUGGAUUCGGCCAGUCCGGUCUGGGCUACAGCUCGGGUCUCGGUUACGGUUCCGGUCUGGGCUACGGUUCCGGUCUGGGCUACAGCUCCGGUCUGGGCUACAGCUCCGGUCUGGGCUACAGCUCUGGUCUGGGCUACAGCUCCGGUUUGAAAUACGGAUCCGGUCUGGGCUACAGCUCCGGUUCGGGAUACAGCUCCGGUCUGAGCUACGGCUCCGGUCUGGGAUACAGCUCCGGUCUGAGCUACGGCUCCGGUCAUGGAUUGUCAUCCGGUUUGGGAUACUCCAGCGCCCCAGCUCCGACCACCGGUCCUCUCAUACCGAUAUCCAAGGAAGUGCACAUCAUCAACCGUCACGCUCAACCAGUGUCCGCCCCGUACCCAGUGCCAGUUCAACACGACGUGCCAGUCGCUGUACCACACCCAGUGCCAUACGCAGUUGACAGCCCAUACCCAGUCAACGUACCUGCCCCAUACCCAGUGCCGGUCGAAAGGCCAGUCCCAUACGCAGUCGACAGGCCAGUUCCUCAUCCAGUGGCAUCGCCAUACCCAGUCCCGGUUGUCCGUGACGUCCCCGUGCCCGUGUCCAAGCCAUACGCAGUUCCAGUAGUCAAACAAAUCCCAGUGCCAAUUGCCAGCCCAGUCGUCGUACACGAAUCAGCCCCUCUGAUCACAUCCAGUUACAGUUCUGGCCUCGGUUACGAUUCCGGAUAUGGUUCCAGUUACGGCUCCGGUUACGGACUAUCAUCCUACGGCUCCGAAAGCCUAUACGGUGGAUCUCUGGGAUACAGCAGUGGAGAUCUGUCUUCAUACGGUCACGGACACAGUUUCGACUACAAGAAGUAG